GAAUAAGAACUGCCCCGUGGACAAACGCCGCCGGAAUCGGUGCCAAUACUGUCGUUUUCAGAAGUGCCUUGGAGUCGGCAUGGUCAAAGAAGUAGUUCGCACAGACAGCUUAAAAGGCCGAAGGGGUCGUUUGCCCUCGAAACCGAAGAGCCCCCAGGAGCCUUCUCCCCCUUCGCCCCCGUUCCAAGCAAACCCAGAUUAUCAGAUGAGCGGUGAUGACACGCAGCACAUCCAGCAGUUUUAUGAUCUCUUAACUGGUUCCAUGGAUAUUAUCCGGGGCUGGGCAGAAAAGAUCCCCGGCUUCACUGACCUUCCCAAACAAGACCAAGACCUGCUGUUUGAAUCUGCCUUCCUGGAACUGUUCGUCCUGCGGCUAGCCUAUAGGUCAAACCCCGUGGAAGGGAAGCUCAUCUUUUGUAAUGGUGUGGUCCUGCACCGGCUGCAAUGUGUCCGUGGGUUCGGGGAAUGGAUCGAUUCCAUUGUGGAGUUCUCUUCCAGCCUGCAGAAUAUGAACGUUGAUAUCUCUGCCUUCUCCUGCAUAGCUGCUCUAGCCAUGGUGACAGAAAGGCACGGCCUGAAGGAGCCCAAACGGGUAGAAGAACUACAGAACAAGAUUGUCAAUUGCCUCAAGGACCACGUGACUUUCAACAACGGCGGCCUGAACCGGCCAAAUUACUUGUCGAAACUCCUGGGCAAGCUCCCGGAACUGCGCACUCUCUGCACGCAAGGCCUGCAGCGUAUUUUCUACCUGAAACUGGAAGAUUUGGUGCCGCCGCCAGCAAUAAUUGACAAACUUUUCUUGGACACUUUACCUUUUUAAAAAAACAAAGACAGAGAGAGGGAGAGAGAGAAAGUGUAAGGGAAGGGAGGGAAAUCUAGAAAGAAAGACAAUGCUGCUGCGCUCUCAGAGUUGAAGAACUUUCAAAGCCUCGAAGGUGGGGGGGGAAUGCGAGCAAGCAAGGAGAUCGCAGCCCCAGGAGGAAAGCGAGAGCCCCCUCCCCCCCAUAAGGAAGGAGCACCUCCGGCUGUCGCAUGCUCCCACCCCUCCAAACUGUGGCUUAGCUUGUCCUGCAGAACAGUGACUGAAAACUGGGGACUUUGGCCACGCUGAAUUCCGUUCCUUGGACUACACACAGAUUCCCAUGGUACAAGCUUUUUAUUCUUGCCUAAACAAACAAGCAAACA